CGUACACUAUCUUUUCAAGCGCCCAUUGACACAGACGUAGAGGACAUCUGUUUUAGCAUUAUCAAGCUGCAUUUAUUUGAAGUCACCUUUGGCUCGGACCACACUAAAUAGUUCACAUGACAUCAUUAUUGACUGAAGCUGUGAAAAUUGAAUUGGGUGCAACAGAGAGAUGGCCGGACAAUGUGAAACUGUUUCAACAAUACCAAGUUGAACAGAUUACAUUCCCUGACUAUGCUGCAUGUCUGAGUGUUAAGACAUACCUUCACAUGUGUGGACUGAAGUUUACAACAGAGCUUAAAAUAAAUGCAGAGGAGAUGUCACCUUCAGGACGUGUUCCAUUUAUUCAGGUUGGACCAUUCCUGGUAUCUGAGAUGGAACCGAUUAUAGCUUGUGUCCAAACAAGGGGUUUUUUAUUGAGUUCAGAGUUGACGGACAUCCACAAGUCUGAGUUGAAAGCUUAUAUGGCAUUAAUAGGGAACACCUUGGUCAAUGCGGAACAUUACCUGGCAUGGUUGAAUAAAGAUGUUUCAGAGGAGGUAACAAAACCUAGAUAUGGCAGUAUGCAUCCUUGGCCACUAAAUAAACUUCUGCCGUGGAAGAAACAGCGUGAAGUGAAGCAGCGUCUUGCUGGUCUUGAAUGGGCGGAAAAAACAUUUGACGAGGUAUGUGAUGAAGUAUUGACAUGCUGUCAGGCUCUAUCAGAAAGACUCGAUAAACAAGACUUUUUCUUUGGGAAAAGACCUACAGAAUUAGAUGCACUGGUAUUCGGACAUCUAUUUACAUUGUUGACCACUGAUCUGCCAAACAGAGAAUUUGCGUUGAUCAUUCAAAGAUUUGAUAACCUUGUGCAAUUUUGUGACCGCGUGGACCGAAAAUACUAUAAAAAUUUAAAUAAUGAUUACUGAAUGAAACUGAUUUUUACAUUUUUUAUUACAAGGAUUACUUGUGUUCAUUUUGUGAUAAUUUUUUACCUUCUAUACUUAUGUAUACUUAAAGACUAAGUCAUGCAUGUGUGGCACAAAUAAAUAUUAGUAAAAGAA